AUGACUUCUCCUGCACAGAUCACCAGUUCCUCACCUUCGAACCUUGUUCUCGUCGACACGAGCAAGCUCUGCGAAACCUGCGCUGCUCAGAUUUUACCAGCGGGCCACGGCCACAACAGCGACAGCAACAGCAGCAGCAACAACAACAACAACAACAACAACAACAACCACUACCACCACCACCACAACAACAACAACAGCGAGGGGAUCGAGCCCUCAACAUCCACAUUCACACCACCAGAGACUUCAGAAGCCUCCUCGAGCGUCAGCGCACCUGCUCCGGCACCCACAGCAACAACAGAGGACAUCGUCCAACUGAUCAUGAUAUCCGAGCUGAGAAGUGCCGAAGAGAAGCUGGAGCAGGGGCAUGCCGACCUCGAGGUCGCUCGGAGAGCGUUCAACCACGAACGCCGGGGCGUCUUGGCCUCGAUGCGGAACGCAAGGGAGGCCCUCCGCGUCGCCACGGACGGGUACUGGCAGAACACGCACGACCUGUCCGUGGCGAUGACGGUCUUCCGACGCGAGAAGCACGAGUUCGAGAACGCGAAGGCGGCGUUGGAAGAGGCGCGCGCGGCGCUCAACACGGAGCGCGAGGCGUUCGAGGCGGAGGUGCAGGCGGCGAACACCAGAGGCGAGAGGAGGAGGAAGAUCUGGAGACGACUGACCGGGUGGUUGGGCCGUCAAUGA